AUGGCGUCUUUCAUGGCAGACAAUUCUUCGUCGCCCUCAAAUAGCUGGCCACUGGAUCAGUUCGUCCAAGAUCCUGGAUAUCUCGCAUACCAGGAAGAACUUCGAUGUCUCAUCUUCAACACAGCUCAGACUGCAGCACCAUCCCGCGAAGCUUCACCUGCACUUGGAAACUAUGGGCCAACUGACCAAGAGUUGGCCGCUCAGGCUCAGACAAAGACGGCCCUUGCUUCCGGACGACGACUUGAAUACCUCAAGAACUAUGUCGCCCAAGUAGCUCCCUGGCUCGAUAUGUUUGAUAAUAACGGAGCAUUCACUGUUCAAGUACCAGUUCUUGCUCGUAGUUGCCCAGCUCUUCUCUAUGCAGUGCUCGCCCUGUCCGCUCGCCAGAUGGAACGUAAAGAGGCCAGGCAGCAUUCAUUCGACAGCCUAGAGCUCUACCAGGAAGCUAUUCGUCUUCUUAACCCCCUGCUUCAAGCUCGAGACCUCACUAUAAUCCCAAUAUGCGUCAUUCUCUGCUGUCUAGAAAUGAUGUCGACAAGUCCACAAGACUGGCGCCGUCACCUCGAAGGGUGUGCUGCUCUUUUCGAUUCGUUUGAUGUCAACGGUUUCAGUGGUGGCCUCCUUCAAGCUGUCUUUUGGUGUUAUGCGAGAAUGGGUUUGUAUUACUCGUCAAAGUUCUUCUUCUUCUUCUACCUGUGUCGGUAUUGA